CCUAAUGCCACUGCAUGACAGCACAUUAUUUAUAUGAAUGCCCCAACGCACAGACGUAUGGACUGCUUCAUAUGAGACCGUCGAGGACUGUUGACAGACUAGUAGCCUACAAACCGAAUAGAGUCAAUAGAAUAUAAAUGUCCCCGCGCUGAACUGACAUCUGAACACGGUGGUGUCAUGGCUAGCGCCAUCCAAGAGCGCGCGGACACCGAAAAGGACUCACCGAAAGAGAACAAACCGGAGAAUCACACUCGCUCCCUGAGCUCGCCACCUUCACCGCAGACAACGUGCACACAGCAGGGAAUGGAUGGAAUAAAAGUAUACAUGCAAGAGCGGGAACUGUGGGAUAAAUUCCACGAGGUUGGAACGGAGAUGAUCAUCACUAAGGCGGGAAGGCGGAUGUUCCCCUGCUACAAGGUGAAGGUGACGGGCCUCAACCCUAAAAGCAAGUACAUUCUCCUCAUGGAUAUCGUGCCAGCAGAUGACCACCGCUACAAGUUCGCUGAUAAUAAAUGGUCUGUUUCGGGGAAGGCGGAGCCGGCCAUGCCAGGGAGGUUGUACGUCCACCCUGACUCUCCAGCCACUGGGAGCCACUGGGCACGCCAGCUUGUCUCCUUCCAGAAACUCAAACUCACUAACAACCACCUGGACCCCUUUGGACACAUUAUAUUAAACUCAAUGCAUAAAUACCAACCCCGCCUCCACAUCGUCAAAGCAGAUGAACACAAUGGGUUUGGUUCCAAGAACACAGCCUUCUGCACGCACAUGUUCUCAGAGACCUCAUUCAUCGCCGUGACAUCAUACCAGAACCACAAGAUCACCCAGCUGAAGAUAGAGAACAACCCGUUCGCUAAGGGCUUCAGAGGCAGUGAUGACAUGGAGCUGCACCGCAUGGCUAAGAUACAGGGUAAGGAGUAUCCGGUGGUUCCUCGUAGCUCAGUGCGUCAGAGGGUGUGUCCUAGUGUGAGUCCGUUUGGGGGGGAAGCGAGGGGGUUGGGUUCACACCCCUAUUCCUGUGAGAAUGGGGUGAGCAGCACCACCCAGGAUCUCCUCACCCUCCCUCCAGUCCCCUACACCCUCCCCCAACCAGACCCACACAAACACAUGCAGGUGUACCACUGCAACAAGAGGAAAGGUCAGAGGCGGGGCAGCGGCAGGCGUGUAUGUUUGCUGGAUCUGAGCCCAGAGUGGAUGACCUCAGCUGUACAUCCUGGUCCUACAGCUGCCCUUUGACUCCUGCUAUGACCCCCAUGACCCCUACUGACCCCUACAUGACCUUCCCCCACCAGCCCUACUCCUCCAGUCCCCGGGGCUCUCAGCUGAGCUCAGUAGC